CAUCCUUCGAAAUCGACUGCAACGGGCGUAAAGCUGCCCGCACCCUCUUCAUCACUCUGGCAACCGUGCCGGGAGAGCGUUGAGCGAUGUCGUUGGUCGGUGUUGUCGCAGCCUUCCCACACCCAAGGCCCGCUUCUCGUUCAUGCGGCGCCGUCUCUCAUGCUUCAUCUCCUUGGACACCUACCGCAUCUUCUGCGGCGCCUCUCUGGCACCUAUGUAUGCGGCUGCUUAUCGCCGCUAGCAAAUAUGCUGUCAAACAACAAUAUGCCGUGGGGCGAGUGGCGCCGAAAGAGUCGCCCUUCCGUGAGGACGUAUCCCGUGAACGUCUUCUACAGCGAGCAAUAUAUGAAUGGCAGAUUCUGACCGAAUAUUGGAAGGCACAUCAUAUAUCCACGGCUGACCUCUCGAGCGAUGACCAGAAUAAGCGUUCAGCGAUUUCGCCAUCAGAGGGAAGCUCUAUGCAGCUUACGUGCGAAUGAUAUCGGCGGCGGAAGAGAAGAGCGUGGACACGAGGCGUCGAACUUGCCGCUGAUAGUUGGGUUAUCGCUCAGCCGGUUCUUUCGUCAAACGCACACGUCGCAGCUCG